AUGUCUUCGUCAAAGCCUGGUUCGCGCCGUAUCAGCUCGGUCAGCAACUCCAAUACAGAACCUUUCCCUUCUAUCCCCGACUCGCCGGCAGGCCCAAGUUCUGCCAACAACAAUACCACCACGACCAGCACCACGACCACGACCACGACCGUCCACAUUCCUCAUCGUGGGAGACCCUAUACCGUAACCUCCACCCAAGCCCCGAACCAAGCUCCCACCAUUGUUGCGUCCACGCCGGACAAUACCGUCAUAACCAACGCGGCCCCUACGAAUGCGGCCGUAACGAGAACCACCUAUGAUAAUGUUCCUCAGAUCAAUCAGAUCAAUCAGCUCAACCGGUACCGGCCUGUCGGAAUCAGGAGACUGCCCUCAUCAAACCUGCGAGCGGCAGCACAAGAUGGAGAGACCUCAUCAAGUCAACCUCCCAACCGGGCUGGGUCGGGUAGAGGACGCAGCAGUUCUGCACCACAACGUGCCAACCUGGGCAUUCCCGGCUCAAACACAAUAACGAGGCAAAACACGCGCCAGUCACUCCUGCCAACCCUCGCCGAAGCCCCAUCGGCACCGGAGCCAGCGGAUGGCGCCGUGGAUCGCGACAUCAUGAACGAGAACGUAACGGGCGGCGUGAGCAGGAGACGAAGUAUCAGCAAUGCUGCGCGUUCCAUCAUCAGCAGAAUGAGCGAGACCUCGAGAGAACGACAAGGCCCUGAGUAUGAAUCAGAAGUGGUCGACUUGCUCGAUGUGCUUGAUCCCGAAGUCUCGACAUUGACUACGCUUAACAAUGUCCAAAAUUCGCUGUUCGUGCCCGACCUGGGGAGAUGGUUAAACCGAAGACCAACCUACACGCUGAGUCGUCGGGCGACGCAGACCCGGAGGCCCGAGACAAUUGAAGAAAAAGAGGCAGGCAUGACUCCAGUUACCACCGAGGCGGCACCCUUGGAAGAGCCACCCAUUGAGCGCACCCACAGCAUUUCAUCGGUCGUUACGGACUCUCACUUUGCCGUGUUACCACAUGGCGUCUCCCUCGAAGGAUGGAGUGACGAAGACAAGGAGGCUCUGGACGACCAUGUCAGGCACAUGCUGCAUUCAAAGCGGUCAAAAUUUAAGCAGAGAAUGAUUGCCUUUGGAAAGUAUAUUCGGAAACCACUUGGAUUUUGCGUGUUUUUGUAUGCAACUCUAAUUACUUUGUUUGGUUUGGCUUGGGUUCUUUUCUUGAUCGGUUGGAUUUAUGUUGGAGACCGACAAGAAUACGACGUCAAUGUCAUUGACAAUGUGCUUGUCGCCCUUUUUGCGGUUGUCGGUGAUGGGCUGGCACCAUUCCGAGCCGUUGACACAUAUCAUAUGUGCUUUAUCGCCCACUAUCACCACUAUACGUGGAGGGUACGACGAGAGAAGGGCCUGCCGAAACUGCGCGACCACAACGACCUCCCUCCUCAGACGGAAAAGGAAGCUGACCCCGAAUCUGGGGUUCCGGAGGACUCCGAGUUCUCGGUUUUGACGCCCAAGCAGCAGCAAAAGCUCAUGCACCACCAAGCAAAAUUCUCCAAAUCGCAUUCCUUCUACAAGGCCCACGAGACAGCCACCCAUUAUGCGUUCCCGUUACGCUUGCUAGUGGCCAUCGUUGUGUUGCUGGACUGCCAUUCACUGUUCCAAAUCGCGCUCGGUACGUGUACUUGGUCAAUCAGCUACCACCAUCGCCCGCAAGCCCUAACGGCGACAAUCCUUUCGUGCUCCAUCACGUGCAAUAUCACGGCGGGGAUUUUGAUCGCUAUCGGUGACCGGAGGACUCGCAAGAAGGACGUGGCUUUGAGGAUGCAGAGGCAGGCCUUGACCCAGACAGCCAUCAAGAAGGUGGAGAAGCACAAGAGGGAGAGGCUGGAACACGAGCACGAGGCCCACGGUCGAGAUGCCAAUUUCGAAGUUAUUGACGAAGAGACUGCUGACCAGGUUCAUUCGAGGGGCCAUUAG